CGUGAAUGAAAUCACCUUCUAUGCAGGAAGAUCAUGUUCCGCACAGUCGGUUCAUGUGAAGGGUGACUUGGUAAGCCUCUUUAAUCAGGUUAUCAUUGAGCACACCACAUGUCGCCGUAUGACUUCUUCGUAGUCCGCAUUGCGACUCUAUGCAACACCGAUCCAUUAGGCAAGCGGUAGCAAGUCUCGAGCUGAGAGAUCUCAGCCAUUGUUCAUCUAAACGCAAUGCUGACACCUUUGAUGACAGAGAGGAGGAGGACGUAACGAUAGCAUGGAUGCGUAUGGUUAGGGCUAGGGCUUCACUACGUGCCGCUAUAGCGCUGUGAAUGCAGGAACUUCCGACGAUGGUAUGUCAUGGAAUUUCCUUUUUCGUCUGCAAAGAUAUCAGCAUGUGUUUAGCCUUUCGUCAUCAUUUGGAUUCUUCGGUAGGCCAGAGAGAGAGCGGCCUCCGCGCCUGAUGCCUUCCACAGCACAAUCGAGGCUGCGGAAGAGUCCGCUCCAUGCUCUAGUAGUACCAUCAAAGAUAGGAGUUGGAGCUUCGAGCGCGACGACAGUAUCGAUGCGUCAUUCGCAUAUGGUGAGUUUAUGUUGGAUGCUCAGCACAUUGAAAAGGCUAUACGAAGCUAUUGCGAGCCAGCAAUCGAUAGGAUUCACCCCCACACAGAAUGCUGCGCGGAAGUCACCAAGCGCGGGGUUCUCGAAUUUGGUGCAUGUUUAUUGUGGAGUGGAGUACUGCUUGGAAAUGGUCCUUUUGCCAUGUGCUUGCAGGGUCGGCCACUCUCACAAAUGCAGGCAAGGCUUGAUGUGUAGUUUCUUUGAGUCGCCAUUUGAAUACUAAUGAUGCACUCGACUACUUAGUACAAGACCGUCUUCGGCGCUGUCCCGAUCGCCGGAUCAUGUUAGACUUUGUACGAUAGGUUUCGUCUUCGUAUCGAAGGCAUGUGUAGGACAAAAACUGCCACGACGUU